ACAUUUAUAGAUUCCACUGGUUCCAGUUUAUUUUUUUACAUGGAGGUGUUCACUUGUGGUUUAAUAGUGAUAAACUGAUUUUGUGAAUCCGAUUAUGUCUGGUUGAGUUCCUGAUAAUUAUAAAUACUUGUUAAAUACUCCUUGCAAUUCGAAAUGGGAAAAGGUUCGAAAGAUAAGCGUGAUAUAUAUUACAGAAAGGCCAAAGAGCAUGGCUGGAGAGCUAGAAGUGCAUUCAAACUUCUGCAAAUUGAUGAGAAAUAUGACAUACUCGAAGGUGUUAAAAAGGCAGUGGAUUUAUGUGCUGCACCAGGUAGCUGGAGUCAAGUUCUUUCUCGUAGACUUUAUUUGAAUGAGAAGAUAUCUUUGUCUCCUAGAUAUGAUUUAGAUGAUAGCAACGAUAUUCCUGAAGAGGACGAAGAAAGGGUAGAUGCAAAAAUUGAACCUAAUGAAGAUGUUAAAAUUGUAGCAGUUGAUCUCCAACCAAUGGCCCCUUUGCCUGGUGUGAUUCAGCUACAAGGGGACAUAACUAAAUUAUCCACUGCUCAAGAAAUUAUCAAACAUUUCGAAGGCCAAUUUGCAGAUCUUGUUGUAUGUGAUGGAGCUCCAGAUGUGACAGGACUGCAUUGUAUAGAUAUUUACAUCCAAAGUCAACUUAUCCUGGCAGCUCUUCAUAUUGCUUGCAAUGUUUUGAACAAGGGAGGAACAUUCGUUGCGAAGAUAUUCAGAGGAAAGGAUAAUGACCUGCUUCAUAAUCAGUUUCUUACUAUUUUCAAAGAAGUCAAUAUAUUCAAACCAAGUAGUUCUAGAAAUUCAAGCAUAGAGGCAUUCCUUGUUGCUAAAAACUAUAACCCACCAGAUGGUUUUGACCCUAAACUGAUGACACCAUUCUUAAAUGCAGGAGAAAGGAAUUUUGACCAACUUACAGGUGUUAACAGGGUUAUAAUACCUUUUAUGGUGUGUGGGGACAUGAGUGCUUAUGAUUCAGAUGUUACAUAUCCUCUUCAGUUGGAAGGAGACAAACAACCUUAUACUUAUCAUGAGCCUGUGCAAAAACCAAUCGAUCCUCCAUAUAAAGAUUUAAAAAAUAUGCCACAGCCAAAACCAGUUGCUGAGGGUAGCCCCGAAAUGGAGGUCCUUUCCAAACCUAGUACUUCCGCAAAGUCUGACACUGAUAUGGAUCUUGAAUCGAAUUCAAGUAAAAGUGGUACACCUAUUGAGAUCAGCGGCAUCAUUGCAGACGCAAAUGCAACUUCUGAGGACUUGCUAGGUUUACUUAUUCACAGUUUAAAACACGAUGAUCCCGCUGUUCAAGACAGUUUGGCUAAUCUUUUGAAUAGUUUGGGCAUAAGCAACUUUGAGAAAGUUGUCAAGGAGAAAGGAACUACCAUUUCUACGCAAACCAUUGGGAUAGUCCAGGGUUCUUCUAAGGAGGUUCAGGUGCCAGAGAUUGCUGGACCCUCAGACCAGCAGAUUAUCAGAACGGUACUGGUUGAAUCUGCUCAGAGGCACAACUCACCGGUAGAAAGCCAAUGUGAAAUCACCAGUGGAGAAAAUUCAGCUUUAGACUCGCAGCUUCUGAAUCAAGAUAACUUGGAAGAAUGCGACAAUUUCAUUAUCAAUUGGGUGAAGUAUGACAGAAGUACCUGCACUUGUGGUGUAGAUAUGAUUGCAAAUGAGGGUGCUGCUGAUUGUGAUUCGGAUUGUGAUGAUGAAACUCAUAAUAUAAUUUAAUCUCCUGAUAUGUUUUACACAUUUUGAGUCAGCUAUUUUAAAAUUUUACGGGAAAUGAUUUGCUUAUAUUAUUAGAAUAUGUUAUUGCAACGGUUUAUCUUUCUGGAAUUUCAAGAGCUGCACUUGGUGAGUUAAUAAUGCGAAAAAUAAGAUUAAGAACUCGCGUAAUAUUAAUUUUAUUAGAUUCCUAUGGAAUUUUAAUUUUAUAGUCAACUUCCAUUGAAGUAUUUUUAAAGCAGGCUUUUCAAAGGCAGUAUCUUUCUGAUAAUAUGUGCAAAUUUACAUUUUAUACAUAUGUGGUAUAUUGGCUUAUGUGUAAUAUUUUGUAAAUUUUUUCGUGUCAUAAUUCGUGUAUAUCGAUAUGUUUCAACUGAUUUAUAUGAUAUAUUUUAUAUGCCUACGUUUUUGAUCUUUUCAAAUUGCAAUUUUGAUGUGUGAAAUUCAUAAAAGGAUUCAGAAUGAAACAGCAAAACUUGCUGCUACAAAAACUGACAGGAAUACAAUGUUUCUUGACCUUUCUGCUAGAGAGUAAAAUAAUCAAUUAGAUCUGCAAUAAAUAUAUUUCAAGUUAAAAACAAUUAAAAUUGUUGGUAGUCUUCAGUAUUCGCUAUGUUUAGUAAAAUUCCAAAUCCUUAGAUCAAUUAGAUUGUUAAUACGCAGAAUUUAACCUGUCAUGAAGUGAUGUAGCUUUAUCAAUUAAAACCUAAACAACGCAAAGAACAUUCGAUAUUUUUAAAAUAAAUUGUUCCGCUUUGCAAUGCAGUUGUUCUGAAGAAAUUUUAGUAUCCUAUUGGAACGUUGAAGUUUACAAUUGUUGAAAUGGAAAAAUGAUUCCUGCAAUAUGGCUUUCCAAAGUUGUUGAAAAAAUGGGAACUGUCCAAUGCUAUUUUUGCUAGUUUUAGAGCUAAAAUAAUCUUCGAAAAAAAACACCACUAGAAGCUGUGGCACCACCCUACCAUUAGGGACAAAUUGUUCAAAUAAAUCUUGUUGAAGCA